CAAAAAUCAGAAUCAGAUAAAAAAAUUUGUUCAAUAAAUGAACGUUUUAUAAAUUAUUUCUUCUUUCGUGUUAGCUAUUGCUCAUUACUUGUCUUGAAAUUGCGCGAAAUACUUCGUUAAAAUGUUUAUCGUCGGUCUAACAGGUGGCAUUGCCACUGGAAAAAGCACUGUUUCCGAUAUAUUCAUCGAAAAAGGGAUUCCUGUUAUUGAUGCCGAUAAAAUUGCCAGAAAAGUUGUGGAACCGGGCAAAAAAGCUUGGUACGGAUUGAAACGAGUUUUUGGUGAUAGUAUAUUCGAAGAAGAUGGCCGAUUGAAUAGAGACGCUUUGGGAGACUUGAUAUUCGAAAGUUCGACUAAUCGCAGAAAACUUAAUGAAAUUACACAUCCGGAAAUCUACAAAGAGAUUAUAUGGAGUACGAUUAAAUGUUUCUUCAGAGGACACCAGUUCGUCGUUUUAGAUUUACCUUUAUUAUUCGAAACCGCUUACAUGCUGGAUUAUAUUUAUAAAGUCAUCGUUGUCACUUGCGAAGAAGACUUACAACUCCAACGUUUAAUGGAACGUAGCGGCAUGAAAGAAUACAAAGCAAAGAAACGUGUCGAAGCUCAGAUGUCUCUAGACGCGAAAUGUGAAAAAGCUGACUUCGUUGUGGAAAACUCCGGAAGUUUUUCUGAUACCAGGAAUCAAGUUCUUCGUAUAAUUGAUACUUUACGUGCUUCUAAUCAUCAUUGGAAAAUUCGGGUUAUCGUUGGUUUACUAUCGACUGGAUUUCUCUCUAUUUUAACAUUAUUAGGAAUCGUGUUUCUCAGAUGAUGAUUUCGAUACCGUUCAUUAUCUCUAGUCUGAUUCGUUUAGUGCGAAAGUGUUUCGUAGACGAGCCAUUCAACAUAUUCGUUUAUAGUAGUUUUUUUUUCGCGUUUUAUUAGCGGCCUACAGUAUUUUCACCGCUUAAUUGUAGACAGCAGGGUACAGUUAAGGGGUAACAUUUCUAAUUUUUUUUUCAUCGGUACGACUGAUAUGUCGGUUACGCUCAUAAAAUAUAAGUAUUUUGAUUGAUGCGGUUGUAUUAAGCAUUCCAAAUGUUUACUCGAAGAUUUUUAAUUUUUCGUUUUGGAAAAAAGUUUUUAACGUAUUUUAUUUCCCUUCCUAUUAUUUUUCCCGAUGGGCGAGAUUUUAUUUUCCUUUUAUUAUUGUUUUCCUGAUGGACGAGAUUUUAUUUUCCUUUUCUUUUCGUUUCACUUCGGUAUGUUACCAUUAUUUUGUAAAAUAAGUUUUAUUUUUACGCGAAUUAUCAACCCGCAAGCAGGGAUAUUAUAUUUUUUCAGCCGAUGUUUUGAUAUCGAAAUCGUAUAUAAUUUUCAAAUAAACAUGUAUCGGAUUUGUGAA